UUACUUAGUUGCGGGGAGCCCGGCGUAGUGUGUGGCCACGCUGGGCGUGCCUAUUAUCUCCGAAAGCUCGAUAUAUCUCGUAUUCUGUAUUGCGAUCGCAGACGGAAAGUGCAGAAGAAGUCAUUGAACUUGGUUUCGGUUGUCUUUCUAUCCAAAACAAGGCGUGGAGACAGGUGUCAGCCUGCGCCGGGUUCGUCGUGACCCUUAGGGCCUGGCCCGAUACCCUAAAGCCACUUAUUAUUGCGGACCUAGUGCAGCCCAUUGGCAAGAAGGGCUAUGGAAGCGAUUGCCAGACAUGACUUCGUUGCGACUGCAGAGGACGAGCUUAGUUUCCGGAAGGGACAUGUGCUCAAGAUCCUGAACAUGGAGGACGACAUGAACUGGUACCGCGCCGAGCUGGAGAGCAGGGAGGGCCUCAUCCCCAGCAACUACAUCGAGAUGAAGCCGCAUGACUGGUACUACGGCCGGAUCACGCGCGCCGACGCCGAGAAGAUGCUGAUGAACAAGCACGAGGGCGCGUUCGUGGUGCGCGUCAGCGAGAGCUCGCCGGCCGACUUCUCGCUCAGCGUCAAGUGCGGAGACGGCGUGCAACACUUCAAGGUGCUGCGGGACGCGACCGGCAAGUUCUUCCUCUGGGUGGUCAAGUUCAGCUCGCUCAACGAACUGGUGGAGUACCACCGGUCGGCCAGCGUCAGCCGCUCGCAGGACAUCAAGCUCAGGGAUAUGGUGUCGCAGGAGUACCACGUGCAGGCGCUGUACGACUUCACGCCGCAGGAGCAGGGCGAGCUGGAGUUCAAGCGCGGCGACAUCAUCACCGUCACGGACCGGUCCGACCAGCACUGGUGGUGCGGCGAGAUCGGAGACCGGAAGGGCCUCUUCCCCAACACAUACGUCACCGCCCACCACUCGUAAAACCGGCGCCCGGGCGGCGCAGGUGGCGCAACUGCGGCGUGAAGGCGGCGCCACCGGCGCGUUGAACGUGGACUCGCGGGCGUUGCCCGGGCCGCGUGGCGGCGCCCGGCCUGUCGCCUGUCGGCGCGCGGUGUCCCCAGAGCCAGAUAUUUUUAGACGGGGCGUUACGAGGUGCGUGGUCAUUUUUUACCGCGCGUGGGUGCCGACGCCGGCGGCCACUAACUUAGACAACGAAUUAUAUUACCGUGUUGUCUGGCUGGCGUCUGGCCUACCGCGAGUGUCUCCGCGCGGCGUGUGGGUGCGUGUGGUCCCGUCUUGUGCGCGUGUGUGCGUGUUUGUGUGCGUCAGGCGGCGCCUCUGGCCUCUAGCCAGUCUGACAGAAUAGUUAAGUUGCUGGAUUCUAACAGUUUAUUGAUUGUAUUGUUUAAUUAGCGUCUACGGAUAAGCAUUAUGUUUGCAUGGACCGCGUGACGGCCGGCCGCAGUUGUGAAGCGGCCGCGUCCGAUCACCUGCUGCGGCCGCCGGUGUCUGUCGCUGCACUGGGGCCAUGGCCCUCUUCUGCGCUCUCGUGUUGUGCCCAUGACUGCCUGCCACGCAAACGCUCGCCAAACUCGUGAAAUGGUGCUUUCCCGCCUGAUUCCUGUUUGCCUGGCCACGCCCGGCGCCCCGUGGCGGCGUCUCCGGCGCACUGCUGGACGACGUCGCGUCUGCCAUCUAUCGGCCGGUCGGCGCUGUUGUACUGUCUGAGCGCCGCGCGCGCCAUCUGUCUGACGGUGGAUGAAAUAACUGGCGGGGUGGACGCCAGGGGAGGUUUGAUUGAGACGACGUUAGAUUGGCGCGACCUGCGGAGGGGCUGGCUUGCCGCUGGGUUUUUUUGUACAUAACACCGCGAUGUCUUGUCGAUGCGCAGCCAGCCGAGUUUUCAAUAAACGGAGAAAAACACUGAUGCCAGCUGAGCACA